UUGUUAUCCACUUUCGAUCUCUUUCUAAUUGUUGUAGAUGAUCUUUGGUUGGUCAGAUUAUAUAACUGCAAGCUCAAAGGAAUUGUUGUUACAAUGUUUCUUACACGAUUUGUCGGGAGGAGAUUCUUGGCGGCUGCAUCGGCGAGAUCGGAGUCCACUACUGCAGCAGCUGCCUCAGCGAUUCGGACGCCCCAAAAUCCACUUGAAGAGUUCUUUGAGUUUGACAGAAGCCAGGACGAAGAUAAACCUGUUGUCUACGGUCGAGGUUGGAAAGCUUCAGAACUGCGUCUCAAGUCAUGGGAUGAUCUUCAGAAGCUGUGGUACGUUAUUCUCAAAGAGAAAAACAUGUUGAUGACUCAGCGUCAGAUGCUUCAAGCCCAGAACAUGCAGUUUCCAAACCCUGAACGCAUUCCAAAGGUGAGGAGAUCAAUGUGCCGCAUUAAGCAUGUGCUUACAGAGAGAGCGAUUGAAGAGCCAUAUCCUAGAAGAUCAGCCGAGAUGAAGAGAAUGGAGAUCACCAAACCGGUCCUUGUUGGAAUCAUUAAGAAAGAAGCUCCACAGCUAGCAUCCGUGUUGAGAGAUAUGAAGAAUGGUCUAGAUGGGGUUAGGAGCAAAGUGGAAGCUCUGACUGCAAUGGUAAGAGCAAACAGUUUUCCGACAGCGGAUGGGAUAAGUUAUCUUGAGGCCAAGCAUCUGUUACUUCUAAGUUAUUGCCAGGAUAUUGUAUAUUAUCUGCUAAGGAAAGCAAAAGGAUUAUCUAUUGAUGGCCAUCCUGUUGUAAGAAGCCUUGUAGAGAUACGAAUGUUUCUAGAAAAGAUUCGUCCCAUAGACAAAAAACUUCAGUACCAGAUUCAGAAGCUCACCACAGCCGGUGGGUCUGUGACAGAGCUAGCUCAAUCCGAUGGAAAGGGAUCGGGUGAUGCCCAAAAAUCUGAAGAUCUUUCAAAUUAUAAGCCUAAACCAGACUUACUUGCUGACAAAAAUGGGGAUGACCAAGAGGAUGAUGUUUAUCGACCCCCGAAAUUUGCUCCUAUGUCUAUGGAUGAUAAGACGUCAAAACAGGAAAGAGAUGCUGCCAGAAAAGAGAAACACUUAUUAAGAGAAGCCACUGGAAAUACAUACAUGAAAGAUGUGUUGGACGAUCUGGAGGACAGGCCUGAAGAGAUCAGAGACUAUUAUGGGGUUGAGAGCAAUGAGCAGAAGAGGUUUAUGGCACAGUAUGAAAGGCAACAACGGGCAGAAGAAGAGCUGUUUACCCGGGCACCUCGCACUAAAGAGGAUAAGAAGAGAGAGAAGCGCUUGAAAUCAAGCAGCGGGUUACUUGAACUGACCGAGAACUUUUACGAUGACAUCAAGUUCUUGGAUAAGGAUGGUGAAAAGCCAAGCUUUGGCCGUAAGAAAAGGGGAGGACAAUUCAAGAAAAGAAAGAUCAUCACCACCCAAGGAACCAGCCACCAAAACCACAGCAACUCUGCUCGGACCUCUCACCUAAGCUUCUUACGAUCUCCUCUGCCAUGGCUCUUCAUUUUCCUCUUCUUCCUUCCUUUGCUUCUCAUCUCUACCACCGGAGGAGGUGGCGGACGCAAGACUUGCCGUCCCUCUUCUUCUACCUAUAGCCACCUGUCCCUUGUCGACAAAACAAACUCUUCUUCCUCUGUUGUUCCCGAGGAGGAAGAAGACGAUGAUGUGCCUCCACGCGUCCCCGCUCUUUACCCACAGCGACCAAGGAUGUUCAACACGACGCUUGAUCACAUCGUUUUUGGGAUCGCUGCGUCCUCUGUUCUGUGGGAGACAAGAAAAGAGUACAUCAAAUCAUGGUGGCGACCUGGUAAGACUCGUGGAGUUGUCUGGAUUGACAAGAGAGUCAGAACUUACCGAAACGAUCCCCUUCCCGAAAUCAGAGUCUCCCAAGACACAUCACGUUUCAGGUACACGCAUCCGGUAGGGGACAGAUCGGCAGUGAGGAUAUCUCGGGUAGUGACAGAGACGCUACGGCUUGGCAAAAAAGGUGUACGGUGGUUCGUGAUGGGAGACGACGACACAGUGUUUGUGGUGGACAAUGUGGUAAACGUCCUUUCAAAGUACGACCACACUCAGUUCUACUACGUUGGUAGCUCCUCUGAGGCUCACGUUCAGAACAUCUUCUUCUCAUAUUCAAUGGCAUUUGGAGGCGGUGGAUUCGCCAUUAGCUACGCUCUAGCCCUCGAGCUCUCGCGGAUGCAGGACCGUUGCAUCCAACGGUAUCCUGGUCUCUAUGGCAGUGAUGAUCGCAUCCAAGCUUGUAUGACCGAGCUCGGCGUACCCCUCACAAAAGAGCCUGGCUUUCACCAGUAUGAUGUUUAUGGGGACUUAUUGGGGCUAUUAGGUGCACACCCAGUGGCUCCUUUGGUGUCGCUGCACCAUAUCGACGUGGUGCAGCCGAUAUUCCCGAAGAUGAAGCGCUCACAUGCGCUCCGACACUUGAUGUCGUCAGCAGUUCUUGACCCAGCCAGCAUAUUCCAGCAGUCCAUCUGCUACGACCAAAACCGGUUCUGGUCUAUCUCGGUGUCAUGGGGAUUCGUAGUCCAGAUAAUCCGAGGCAUCAUUUCCCCUCGUGAGCUUGAGAUGCCUUCAAGAACAUUCCUCAACUGGUUCCGCAAAGCCGACUACAUUGGUUACGCGUUUAACACGAGACCAGUAUCGAGGCAUCCGUGCCAAAGACCAUUUGUGUUUUACUUAAACUCAGCUAAGUAUGAUGAAGGACGUCGCCAAGUAAUUGGAUACUACAACUUGGACAAGACAAGGCGGAUUCCAGGCUGCCGAUGGAGGCUCGAUUCGCCUGGAAAGAUCGAUUCAGUCGUCGUUCUCAAGCGACCUGAUCCCCUCCGAUGGCACAAGGUUGGUCCACAUUGCUUCAUUUAUUAACAACUUGCAUCAAAUUUAGUCAUACCGGUUCGUUUUUGGAAUAACAUGAAAUUUGACAG